ACUAGUAUGGUUAUGAAAUCCGUAAACAUAUUACAUAAAAUUUAUAAAAUACCUUUACUCGUAGUAAGUUCUAUUCUGAACACAAUUUAGAGCCUAAAAAAAUUUGUUCAUUUCCAAUUGUAUAAAGAGCUUUUUUAUUAAUUAUAAUUGACUUACACAUAGAAGUAUUUCACAGUAUGAACAAAAUAAACCGUGUAGUACAAAAAUAAGUAAGGAAACGUAAAGCGCAUAGGAGGAUGCGCAGUGAAUUUGCGGCCAUAUAAAGGGAGUACUGAAAAGCCGCCUCCAUUCACAACUUGCGGGACGCCGACGUCACUAGUUGCUUCAAGUUUCGGAAGUUUUUUUAAUACAUAGUGAAUAUAAAAAGUUCGAUAUGAGAGCGGUGUUCUGUCUCGUUGGUUUGGUGUUCGCGUGCAAUGGUAUCAGUGGCCUGCUUUUGCCGGGAUUACGGUACACGUCGAGGGAUGCGCCUUUAUCGUGGUUCUCGAGAGUACGGCGUAUGCCUGUACUGACACAUCGCGUCAUAGAUCCAAAUGAAGAAUGCUUCAUGGUAACAUCAGAAGAAGGGGAGCUGUUCUUCAAGUCGCCCUCCGACGAGCCGGUGGUGUGUGGUAUCUACAUGAUAGCUGAGCCAGAUAAGCGAAUCCAGGUCACUUUCAACUACCUCGACGUGCCUUGCGACAAUGGCGGACUUGUGGCUUGGAUAGAUGGCUGGGAGUUAAACGGUCAAGUCUGGCCCGCUGACGCGUGGGACGACGACAGAGUCGUUGAGUCCUGCGACAGAAGGCCACAACGAAAGCUGAUAUCUCGACAGAACGCAGCGCUGAUACAGUACAGAGUACCAGCCAGAGGAAAGGGCUUUGCUGUCACAAUACGUCACAUCAAGAAUAGCAGACCUUGUAACUUAAUGCUCUUCGGCUCGGAGGGCGUGUACACGCUACGGAACCACGGGGAGACCGGCAACUGUUCGCUCAUUGCCAUAUCUCCCGCGACGGUACGAGUUCUGGACCUCAAUGUCGGCCAGACUGUGAAGCGUGGGACUUUAUUGUAUGUGGAGACGGGGACUAUACAUCGAUGCACAAAGCGGGGAUUACAUGACUUCGUGGAGAUAGGCGGUGCGAGCGGGCUCGACCAUACUAGCAUGGAGGUUUUCGACAGUGUGUGUGGACUGGACUCUAAUGAAGCCCGCCGCCUCGUAUCCAUAGCCUGCGAAGACACGGUAGUGCGACUGGUCUCAAGUGGCCGAUUCCAAAACUCAGUGACUCUCGCCUUCUCGCCUCUCCCCAUGGAGCACAUAGAACACGCUGAUCUAAUCUGUGGCUUAAACGAUGUUUAAAUAUAUACCAGUCUAGUGAUUCCCUCAAAAACUUUUACAAUCUGUUGUACCAUUAUUUUGUAAAACAUGUACAAUUGUAAGCCAACUUGUUUUACAAUUUUAUGCCAAAAGAUGUUUCCAAGAAAUGUGCGUCGUGGAAAGUUUCAUUCGUGUUUCUCCACUGAGUUUUACAAAGAAUUCUACGCGGUAUGAAGGCUUAGACAUUAUGUAUUUAUUCAUAUGUAGUGAAUAGGCUUAUCUACUUGAACACAGCAUGAAUCGAUGCAAUACGUUUAAGUCUAUAUUCCACGAAAAUCUUCCUUUAAAUAGCUGUAUUCUCACACCAAUUGUUUGUAAAAAUGGCUUGAGAAUAUUUAUUGUGAACGUAGAAAUGUAAUAAGUAUGUAAGUAGUAAAACCAUUUAUUCUAGUCAAAGGUGUUAAGAGGUUUCCUUCCCAAAGUCCCAAUAAAAGUAACUCAUCGAAAAA